AUGGAUUCUGAGGAUGGAGUAGUAAGCGAUGAUGUGAUGCGUGUUUCUCAGAAGAUUAAAGAAUCGGGAUCUACAGACAGUCUGGAAAAGCUUCUGAUUGAGCAUAAAUAUAAUCCUGGAUAUGUGGAAAAGUUUUACAAUGCAUUUUCCAGCAGAGGAAACGACUGGGAGUCGGAUGUUUAUGAGGUGUUUGGUAACCACUUUCUUCGGAACAGACUGUAUGGAGGUAUGGCUGGGGUGCUUAUGCCAUGGGUCGAGUCGGUCAAGAAAAGAUACAGUGUUGAAGAGUGCAAGGGGGUUUUUGAGUAUUUCAACAAGAUGUAUGAUGAGAUGCCUGCGUCUACAAAGGAAGGGAUGUAUGGGACAUUUCUUGAGGUUCUCCUGGGUCUUGGAUGGACUCUAAGCAAAGGAGGGGCAUUGUAUGAAUCCUAUGCUGUAUGUGAGAAGGUAUGUGAGAUCGUAACGUCGAUGGGAAAGUUUUCAUCAAGCAAUACAGCAAUAUUGUAUAUGGAGCUUCUUGGCAGCUUUUUCCUUGAGUCGGGUAUGCUAUUUUCAUAUGUCAAUGUGAUCAAUAUUCUUACAUCAUUGGAGCCCAGGUGUAUACAGAAGCAAUGCAGCAUUGAAGACUUUCGCACAUUAUGUUCGUACGCACUUCUCAAGAACGAAGGGGACAAGCAGAAGAAAUUGUUCUGCAAAUCCAGGCUUUUGAAUCUGCCUGAGAUUCUUAGUAAUGUAGAGAAAAGAUGUUCUGGAAUAGAUGUGUCUGGAAACACUCUUAUACGAAGGAAGUUUGAUUUCGAGAUGUGGGGAAAAUACUCGGAAUGUGUUGGAAAAAGGGUUCUGGUAGAGGAGAACAUGGAUCUGAUUGCAUUUAUGAAGAAGAAUGAUUUUAGGUUUAGUAUUGAUGGGACAUACAUUUUAAUAGAGCAAUAUGAGUACAAGACGGUUGAGAGGAAAGUGUUUGAAAUCAUAGAGGAAUACAAAGAAAGAACAAGGACAGCUUCCAAGCCUGUGAUAGAAAGGAAGAGGAUUUCCGAGGAAAAGAAGAUUGUGAAGAAAGAAGAGCCAAGCCGUCCAAAAAAGACAGUCAAGUUCCGCGAUAGGUUUUCUUCGGCCUAUAAGAAGGUGAAGAUGUACUCUCGAUACUACAUGAAAAAUGCAAAGGGAAUAGAAGAUGCUUGGUACGAGAAGAGGAACAAGGAAGCAAAGGAGGCUUUUGAGAAGAAAGAAAACAAACUUAAAACUAAGAGAGAGGAGCUCAGAGCAUAUUUGGACCUUGUUGAAGAGGCAAGAAAGGGCCUGUCUCAGAGGAUUGAAGAGCUUGGUAGAAAGAUUGAAGUCCCCAUGCCCAAGCCUACCAGAUCUGCACAUUGGAGAAGCGAAGGAGAGGAAGCCAAGGUGUAUAGGCCUCCAAAUCCCCACUCUUCGGGAACCCAAAAGGCAUAUGUUCCUCCAUUGGAUGCGUUUAGACAUAUUCCAUCGGAAAAUCCUGGGGGGAAGAGCGAUUCAAAUCCAUUCAGGAGGAAUAGGAAUCUGCGUAACAGCUCCUGGUACGUCGACAACAAGGAGAAGGAACAAGAAAAAAAAAACAAUUAA